GUUCCAACACGCCAACUCAAGAUUCUACUUUCUGAGGAUGCUCUCCGUCUGUAUCUCUUCUCUCCCACAGUCAUCAAUACCAAUAAACCCGGAACUUUGACCUCUCCUCAGAUCCACAGAGCCAGAUGUCCGGUGUAAUCUCAAACGUCGACAUUCCAACAGUCCAGAUCGCCGCCGAGUUCAGGCUCCAUCCGAACAUCCAUUCCAUCAACGAAGAAUGGUCAGGCAUCACCGAUCCAGUGCUCCGUCGAAAGCUACAGAAUCGACUCAAUCAAAGAGCCGCCCGAAGACGCAAGGCUAAGAGUGCCUUGGCCACUGGCGGAGCAUCAACCAGAUUUCACGCUUCAGACCCUCCAUUAAGCGAAGCCAGAGAACUUUCAGGCACUGAUCUCCAAGUCUUUCGAGCUCGCGACUGGGUCGCGACUAGCGACCUCUUGGAUAAAACCAACGACUCGGCCUUCACCUCUCUGCGCGACCGUUGGCGUCAUCAUUGGUUCGAGAGCGAGGAUAGAACUGGGCCAUCCGUCGUAUUCGAUGCCGCUUUAGGGGCUGGAGGCAAUGGAGUUGACUGCUCCUGGGGUUACACGCUGCCAGCGGACCACCUCCUCACCCUCGUGUACUACAACGUCUAUAGAGCGCUGGUCGCCAACAUUGCAGUCUUGGGUCUGGAUCUGAAUCUAAUGUACACUGAGGACUAUCCAACCCCCUUCACUCCGAUGUCGCCGACUGCAACAUCUUCCAUUCGUCGGCUGCCGGCUUGUCUCCAGCCCACGCCGCUACAGAAAUCCAUCGACCAUCACCCACAAUGGGACCUUUUACCCGACUGUGUAAUCCGUGACAAUCUUCUAUUAUACCCCAUGGACGAACUGGACGAUGAUGAACUCUGUUUUGACAUGCUGGGCGGAGAUACGCCUGAAGGAUUGGAGGAAAGGCCCGAGGGCCCGUCCGGCUUCAUCGUCUGGGGAGAACCAUGGGAUGCUAAUUCCUGGGAAGUCACCGAGUACUUUGCGCGCAAAUGGCCCAAGUUGCUGAAAAAUGCCGUUGACACCCUCCAGAGCACCAACCGGUGGCGGCUCAGUAGAGGAGAAGCUGCUUUGGACUUUGAUCGGAUCUUGGAUUUAGAUUAAAGGAUCACUCUCCAUGGGGAGAGCACGGCGCAAGUUACUAACGCGCUCUGUUGUGCUCAUGCGAAUGCCUGUGCACAAAUGUCAACUAAGUUCUUGUUGGCCAGGCAAGACUGUCCUUGAUGAUACGACACUAAUCUGUCGUACGAACCACAACUAAUCCAGAGCUGAGUCUAUGUAGCAGUUGUGAGAUGUAGCAUGUACGACAGCUAUAAUCGACUAAACAAAUUUCCUGGAGAGCCGCGGCACAAUGUGGAGAAAUACAAAAUGAAGACUAAUCAUUUCGUACGAACAACGAACGAACGAAUACUUAAGGCACUUUGCACUGGCGGAGGAGUAAUUUGGGAACCAUUUGUGUUUAAAGAAAUUACUUCUGCAGUAUUUCAUGGUCACGGG